GUCCAAAUAUUGAAGCCUAGCCAACUGUUUGAGUUAGCUAAAUAUAUAUAGAGAAAUGACAAUACAUGCACAAUAUUGUUUUCAGAUGGAUAAGGAUAUCUUGGAGAGCGUCCUGAAGAGGAACUGUGGAGAGACUAGUUUGGAGAAGGUUAUAAGCGUAGAAAAUGUCCCAGCCGUCGGGAAGAAUAUCAGCUUUUUGUCAACCGUCAGCAGACUCAACAUGAAAGUACUCCUCCGCGAUGGCAAGGUUGUCAACAAGAGUCUCAUUAUCAAAUUGUUCACAGAGUCCAAUGAGGUUCAGUCAGAAUUCUACAGAAAAUACAACACCUUCAAGACAGAAAUCCUGAUGUACGAUACUCUUUCUAAAAUCGAAUACCUAAUGGAAGAAUUUGAAGAUGGCGAAGAUGUACUUUGGUGCAAAAUGGUCCACCAUAUUCCCUACAGCUGUGUCGUACUGGAGGAUUUAAAGGCCAAAGGGUUUCAUAUGAUCGAAAUUGACCAAUUUUUCGACUUGGAUCACGUUUUGUUAGCAGUGCAUUCCCUAGGAAGGUUUCAUGGGAUGUGCAAAACACAUCAAGUAAGAGGAAUAAUUCCGCAAGAGUUCAAAUCUUGGUACCUCUUCAAAAGAGAAAGAAUGCAUAAUUAUUUGUGUUGGGACUUAAUAGGUCUGACAGAAGGCGUCAAAAGAUUGUGGGAUCCGAGCUGGACACCAAUUGUAGAAAAAAUAAAAAUUACCAGAACAGAAGUCUAUGAAAGGUUUAAAAAAUUUAGCGAGUUAGACGAAACUAAAUUUAAUGUUAUAAACCAUGGAGAUUGCCACAAAAAUAACAUUCUUAUCAAAUAUGGUUGGGAUAAAAGGCCUAUUGCUAUGAGAUUUGUUGACUUUCAACUAGUGUAUUACGGAUCUCCAUGCGUUGACUUGACUUACAUGUUGUAUAUGGCCGUUGAUCCUUUUGUUCGACGAGAGAACUUCGAUCUCAUAUUAAAGACGUACCAUAACUCUCUGGUAAACACCUUGGACAAGUAUAAUUUCCAAGGAAACAAACCCGACUUAGAGGAAAUCAAAGAUGGUAUGGAGAAGUUCUCUUUUAUGGGAUUAAUACUUUUCCUCGCCUGGCACCCUAAGUUGUUAAAAUUAGAGAAGUUGGAAGAACUACGCGAUGUCGAAAAGAUAGCAGCCACCGAAGGAAAGGAAGGAUAUGCCGACGAACUGUUCUAUCCUGAAAUUCUUGAAAAAAAUAUAGGACCUGAUAUAAUUGCUUUUUUGAAUAGGUUUUUUAGUUAAUAAAUGAUAUUAAUUUAUAA